CAUGCUCCUUCUGGAGCUGUCUCUGUGCCAGCCUGCUUCAAAUUACUCUUCUCUUCCCCGCUUAUCCACACAGAGAGAGGCUUGUCAGCAGGCUCCUCCUCUCCUCGCAUUAAAACAGGACAAGUUUCCACUUUGGUGUUUAGUGGCAGCUUUGGACUCACCCUGCCUGCCAGCAACGUGCCAGUCACACCUCCUGCAAAGAUUGUCGUUUCCAGGCAGCUUCCCUCAAAGCUGGGUACAAUUCGGGACUGGAGCAUCCUUAAGUGAGCAUCUUUAGCAGCGCUUGAGCGAGCCUUCUCUUCGCUGUGAAAAAGCGACAUGCACCUGAACACAACUUCUUUGCUGUACCAGCUGGGAUACCAGUUCCACUAUGAGCCCAGUGAGGACGUACUGCCUACUGCCGGGAACGACUCAAACAGUUCAGUCCGCGGGCCCAGGAUGCCCAAUGAGGAGGACUUGGACGUGAACACGGACAUCUACUCCAAAGUGAUGGUCACCAUCAUCUACGUGGUGCUCUUCUUGGUGGGGACCAUCGGCAACUCCAUCACUGCCUACACCCUGGUGCAGAAGAAGUCCUUGCAGAAUCUGCAAAGCACCGUGCAUUAUCACCUGGCUAGCCUGGCAUUCUCCGACUUGCUCAUUUUCCUCCUCUGCAUGCCCAUUGAACUGUACAACUUCAUCUGGGUCCAUCACCCCUGGGCUUUCGGCAAUGACAUCUGCAAGGGCUACUACUUCCUGCGGGAUGCCUGCACCUAUGCCACUGCCCUCAACAUCGCCAGUCUCAGCGUUGAGAGGUACAUGGCCAUCUGCCACCCCUUCAAAGCCAAGAGCAUCAUGUCCAGGAGCAGGACCAAAAAAUUCAUCAGCUGCAUCUGGGUUGCCUCGUUCCUGCUGGCCAUUCCUAUGAUCUUGACCAUGGGGGAGGUAUACAAGGUAGCCCAAGACCCUGACUCGGUGAUCUGUACCCAGACAGUGGAAACUUCCACGCUUAAGGUUGUCAUCCAGGUCAACACCUUCAUCUCCUUUGUCUUCCCAAUGGCCAUCAUCUCCGUCUUGAACACCAUCAUCGCCAACCAGCUCAUCAUUAUGUUCAAGCAAGCCUCACAAGAAAACCAGGUGUGCACUAUUGGAGGGCAGCAAACCGUGCUCAGCAUGUCCAUAGAACCCAGCCGUGUGCAAGCCCUGAAGCACGGAGUUCGAGUCCUACGAGCUGUUGUGAUUGCCUUUGUGGUCUGCUGGCUUCCAUAUCAUGUGCGGAGACUGAUGUAUUGCUAUCUGUCAGAAGAUCAGUGGUCAGACUUCCUCUUUGACUUCUACCACUACUUCUACAUGCUUACAAACAUCCUCUUCUACGUCAGUUCAGCCAUCAACCCAAUCUUGUACAACCUGGUGUCUGCCAACUUCCGUCAAAUCUUUCUCUCAACACUCUUGUUUGUGUGCCUGCCCUGGAGAAAGAAGAAGAAGAGAACCAAGUUCAACAGGAAGUCCAACAGUAUCUCUAGCAACCAUACCUUCUCCAGCCAAGUCACCCGAGAAACCACGUAUUGAAACUUGGGCAUUGCCAGGGAAGGAAAGAACAAGUGUCCCAAUUCAAACAGAAUUGGAAUUUGUGAAGAGGGCUGUACUGCUUCUAUACAUGGCCUCCAAAUUCACCAUAGCAUGAAUGUGUUUUGCUGGCUGUCAUACAUUGGAACGAGUAUGUAUUCGUUCUGCUGGUUAACUUUGGGGUAUGUUCAUGCAUUGGCCUUUGCCUCUUGUGAGUAAUGUCUCCAUGUUUUGUGAUUUUGGUCUGGCAUACGCAUCCCCAUGAUAUCAUCCAGGAAGCCAUCUCAUUUGAGGAGUCAAUGUUGGUCAAGCCUGAAUGCCUCUUGUAUCGCAGCCCAUCAAUUUUUCAGUUUAGAAGUGCCAUGGGAACAUUGAAACUCUUGAUCAACUGUUCUGGUGAUCAUAGGAUGUUAUCAUGAUAUAGAGGCUGGGUAGGUGGUAGUGUAGGGGCUUUUUUUGUAAUGAGAAGGUGGGGGGGUUGAGGGUAGGGGGAAGGGAUACCUUAUCAAUAGGUCUUUCUAGAAAGAGGAAUGUAAACCAUUCAAUAAAGAAGGGCAUGCAAUACUCAGGGAAUGAGGUUGUUAUUGUAUUUUUGGAAUUAGGUCUGAAUCUGGGUUCUGUGCAGAGUGUUUUCAGUUCCAGUUUGGCUGUCCUUCAGUACAUAAGGGAGAGUGCUUUGGUACGCCCAUGGUGUCGUCUUGUGUUCAGCUUUGAAAAACAACAUCUCAUGGUGCUUGGCCCAGAGGACUUUUCAUUUUGGAUGUGCCUGACAUGGCAGCACCACACUCCUAGAUCAAAGCCUCCACUCAGAGCCUUUACAUGGAAUAGCUAUCAUAUUGGCAAAAGCAAGAAUUGGCUAAAUCACAAGAUGC